AUGACUGAUCAUGUGCCAAAAAUUUAUUUUCAGCUUCCUAGGAGCUGCAACAGUCUAGUACCCAAUACACCAAGCGGCGUUUACAAAAUCCAGCCCUUGCCCAACAUUGAACCCAUUUUAGUAUACUGCGAGAUGUCGACUGGAGUCAUUGGCGAACGCAAUCGUCACUUCAACUUUCUUCCUCGUAGCAUUACUCGAAGACGUGAUGCCCAGCAAAUUGUCAACGCUCUCUUCACUGACAGAAAGAAUGUCCUGAUCAAGUUGCAGAAAAAAGACGAUCGCAGCGAGGCCUACACUUUGAUCGAGCCUCAUUCUAGUUUCAACAACGUUCAAUUCGGACUGCUGGUCAACAGUCACUCUGGUUACACGGAACCACUGAAUUCUUUCAUGAGAGAUUAUCUCUUCUUGGGAAUUCUCCCUGCAUCGAUUGCCAGGCAGAGGAACCUCCAAGGUUUCACAUCCAACGGGCAGCUUAUCCAGUUCAGAAAUUGCGACGCAAACCCAAACAGCUUGUUCGCUUUCAUGCCAAACCAUGAUCUGCAGACACCGAGCAAGUACCAUCCAAAUCUGGUUUACGAAGGUCGUGGUGUUGCUGUGGACUGGCGUGCAACCGCUAAGAAAAUCACGAGUCCCGAUCGCAUGAUGCCAAAUGACUACUUCUUCUUGACAGAGCUACACUUUGGGGGCUGCGGCUGUUACACAUCCAGCGACCGAUGGAGUAAAUUUGGCUUUCACGCGUCUGCGAUUGGAAUUCGCUAAGACCGUUCCAUGUGUCACACUUCCAGGCAGGAAUAGUUCUGGUCCUACUUGUCACUGAUUCUGCUAUUUUGCUACUUAGUGUAUGUUACCGUAGCUAAACCACUCUGUAAAAGUCGCAAAUCUGUAAUGUCGAGCGAAUAAAAGUACGUGGAAGAAAAUUGUU